UUCUAAGUGAUCUGGAUGACCAGCUGGCCCAGGAGCAAGCCAAAGAUCCAUCGGACAGGACAGUUUCUACUAGCAGUGCAUCAAAUGUCCAAUGCAGUAGUGCAUUCCCUACUGCAAAGAGGCAGACUGCUAGUAGGGGGCAACAGAGAAAUGACUGGAGUGACAUGCGUCGCACAUUUUUCCCAGAUGGACUGAGAACACUAAGAGCCAAAGAGGAGCACAAGGUUUUCAUCAGACCAAGGAAAUUACACAGUGCAUAUAUAAACUGGCACCAGACAGCCUUUCAAGAAGGUUGCAGUUAUGGUGAUCCAGUCGAUGGAAACCCUCGGCUGCGCAGCAGAAGGAUGUCUUCCGCUUCUUUUGGACGGUCUUCAGAAGGGAGCCUGUAUCCUCCUUCCAUAACACACAACAGUGGAUUUAGGCACAAGAGUUGUAUGAACAGGGAUACAGCUGGCAGAAGUUACUCUGUAUGUUCCCUUCGGAGGUGUCCAUCAUUGGUAUCUUCUGACCAGCUAUCGGGUUCUAGUUUACAACAUCCAUUGGCAAGAGAGAGCAAGAAUGGUUUUGUACCAAGAUUUGGCCGACAGAACCCAAAGAGAAUUCCUCUGUCUUCUAUUGUAUGGAACAACACACCAGAGUCUCCUGGACAAACAUCAACUCCAGAAAAAGUGUUUAGAACCAAAUCACUGAUGGAGUUUCAUGCUACAGACCAUGCUAGAUAUCCCAACUCUUUGCAAGAAACCAAGAAAUACACAUAUUACCACUCAAAACACCACUACAGAAGAUCUAUUUCAAGCAGCAGUUGUUUUAGUAGAGUUAGUAGCCCUGACAAAGCUACUUCUCCAUUGCCCUUUGAUAACUGGGAAAAUUAUCCAUUAUACAAAUCAGAAAAUAAUCUCUCUAGAUCCUAUUAUAGAGAUACCUCUUCUCAUGACAAGUUGUAUGCAAACCAAAAAAAUUAUUCUUAUGGAAGAAAAAACAGCUGUCCUUCUUGGGCUGAUAUCCCUCAGUGUUACAGUGAUGAAACAUUUAUUUCCCCUGAUGCCAGCUUUGAAGCAAUUAUGGCUAAUUUAAAUGACCAGCAGUGGGCACAUACAAAGAAUGCCAAGUUAGGUUCACAGCACCCGCAGAAUGAUUUUCAUGUGUGUUCUCCAGAAAACACAAGUAUCAAAAGGAUAACAAGAAGUGCAAACAGAACUUUUUCAGAAAACACCGAGGGCUGUCAGCCUUGGCUAAGUAGUAACUCUUCGGUUUCUUCAUCUAGUAUCAGAACUGAUGAGUCAGUCUUUCCUAAUUCAAAGGACCAAACGAAACCUACAAGACUGAACAGGAUUUCGGUCGUUGUUACCCAAAGAAGUACUAAGGCAGGCUUUACACAAGUAGAAAAGGCUGAAGGUAUGAAACAGUCAGAUGAAGACAUGCUGUUACAGUCAGUUCCUCAACAAGCAGACACAAGCUACAUCAAUACCUCUACCAGCCCUGCUUCUGCCAUGUGGCAAAGAGAUGUAUCUCUCUUUAGCACAGUGACAUCAAAGAGACAAGCCCAAGCCACUGCCAGAGGAGAUACUGCAAAGAUGUAUACAUCAAUUGGUGAUAAAAGAAAUGUACAAAUGAAGGAAAAUGAUUGCACACCCAACAGUGCAUUCAGUCAGCCUCCUUGUAUUUUUUCAGAUGAUGAGAGCAGGAAGGAACCUUUCCUUCCAGGUCAGAAACAAUGGGAACACAAUCUGCAUUAUGUAGCACAAAGAGAGAGCAUUGAACAGGAUAAUCAGAGUUCAGAAGCCAUUAACCAAGUUACUCCAAAAAGACAGUCCUUGCUGCUGAAUGUUUCUUCUGCUCCAUCCACUGAAGAAUUAGCAAAUUGUCAAGGCAUGUGGUCCUGUCCUCCUGAAUGUUCAUCUAGCUCCUCACGAAGCUCUCCACAAGCACUUUCUCAUAAAGACAAUUCUAAAUGCUUAGGAACACUAACUAGCACAGUUUCUGAAGCAGAAGGUGGAGAAACAGCUCAAGUGAGCAGAAUAGAUGUUACCAAACAGAUUUCACAGAAAACACUGCAAAAUGCAAGCACUUUAGUUACUAAGGACUGUAAUGGACAAAUCUCUACUAGCUCUCCACAAAAUGGAAAUUCUGGAAGUAUUUAUAUGUGUAGCUUUGAUGGAGACCCCAAGAUGUCUGAAAACAGUUUAAGUUAUUUUUGCCUUGAAAAAGGAAGUGAAAAAAUAGGGAGUAAUUUGCCUUAUAUUGAAAGGCUUCACAAGCAAGACAGCUUGCUGAGACAUACCAGUAGCUGCAGCCUUACUGGCUCCCCUAGUAGAAACAGCUCCAAAUCUCCUGACCCCCUUGUUAUUUAUUACACUUUGCCUAGAAAAUCAGCCAGCAUUGCUGGUAGUAUUAUGUCAGAUAUGCCCAUCUCUUUGCCUAGAGAAAGCAGAACAACAUAUGAGUGUUUAAGGUCUGAAACUCCACAUAGAGCCAAUGCCUUUUGUUUUAAUCAAAGAGAUGUGUCUUGUUUAGACUCAAAAUGUUCCUUUCUAACAUCAGCAUCAUUAAAUGCUGGUACAAGUAGCAAAGGAAAAGAUUACCCCAGCCCUUUAACCAAAAGUCUUAGUGAUUCAGUAAGUAGUAGUACAUCAGUUGAUCAGACAGAUGGAUGGAAAUGUCUAAGCAGAAGAGAAUCCUCUGUGUUUUCAGAUUGUAAGGAGGGGGGAAAUUUUCUACAGAAAUAUAAAACCACAAGCACAUUUACAGUUUGUGUUGAUGAAGAUCAUGUCAAGUAUCAUGAACUAGUUUCAAUUUAUUACACACUACCAAGGAGGCAUUCAAAAACAUUUUGUAGCCUCUUUAGAGAUAAUCCAGAGGAUGCAGAUUCACCUUGUCCCAAAGAAAAUGCUCCGUCACCAAGAAUACAAAGCAAGAAAAAUGAAGGUCAUGUGAGUUUAUCAAAUGUUUUUUUCCCCAUUACUUCAGAAAAAGAGGUGCCUUCAUAUUCUUCUGAACAAGUAUCUUCAGCUUUGGUCACACCUCAGAACUUAGGAACUGCUGUUGAUAGUGAAGAGAAGUUCCAUUUACGCCCUAGCUCUGAGAAGUCAGUGAGUAUGGUACAUACCAGGAAAGAUAAUUCGGCAGAUCUUUCAUUAGCAGAAAAUGUGCUUUCUGACAUGGUGACAAAAGAAAUUUCUUUUGGUGGUCCACAAUUCACUGCAAUAGUGGGUAAGUCAGGUAAGGCCAUUUCUGAUGCCUCAAGCAGCCAAAAUGCAGAAAUAUGCCUGAAAGAAAAGAAGGAGGUUUUACAAAGAGCCACACCACUAACUUCCACGUUAUCGACCCCUCCCAAACCAGGCAGACGUUUAGAGAAUCCCUUGUACUCUACUUCAACAAAUGAAAAUAUUAUACAGAAGGGAAACUCUGAAAGCUGCUGUCAGGCCCCUAAAGUGAACACCAGUAAAAAUCUGAACACUUUACACCUCCGCUCAGGAGGGAAGCGUUCCCUUGGAAGGAGUGGUAACACAGAGCAUGCUGAUGUGCCACUUCCUCCUAUGGAAGGCAUGUACAGGGAUAGUACUGAAGUCAAACAGAGAGUAAAUUUCCUACACCAAACCACCCCUCUCUAUAAUAAUAAGUGCAGUGGACUGCAAUUAAGGGCUGACAGUUCAAGAAAAAAUGCAAAUUAUUUGAACUCCUGUGGCAGAGUGCUUUCAGAGUCCCAGCGCAAAGCAUCUGAGGUAAUCACAGCUUCCAGUGCUGAUCCAUUACUUCAGCUAGACAAAGUGGUUAACACAGAUGCAGAGGAAGUAAACAAUUCAAAAAUUAAAAAAGAGCAAAACUCACAGAGUGCUCAGAUGGGUAAAGUUUAUAGGGGUUUGCGGGAAUCAGAGAGGCACAGUGAAGGCAGCCUGAACAUUAAAGAUAAAGUCCUCAGGGUUACAGAAGGUCAGAAGAUAACACAGAGUACAGAAGAUGAGAACAAGCUUCCCUCUGACUGCACAAGAGACAAAGUCAAAGAUAUAGAAAAAAGGAAAAACAGACCUUCAAUUAAAAAUAAACUGGCAGCCGUUUACAAAACAAGUCGAAAGUUUUCGAGUAAAAAUUUACCCCCCAAACCGCACAUAAGCAACAUUUUUUCACAGAAUGAUGGAAGUGCUGCUUCUUUUGAGGUCAACAUGUCCCUUGACUCAUUGAUUUCAACAGAUUCUCAUCAGCCAUUCCUGCAGUUGGACAAUGAAAAUCAGAAUCACAGUCUGGACCCUGAUAAGAAAGCACCAAGACCAAGAACAGCUGAGAAUAUGAAGACUGAAAAUCAGAACAAUCCUUCUUUGCUGGUUAAUAACGCCAAUCGGUGGUCUUUUGGAAGCUCAUACACCCAGAAGGAAGCCAUCGGUCCCAAAAAAACUACCGUGAAAGUGGAAAACAAGCCAAGACUCACAACUCCAUUUCCAGAUAAAGCAGUAACCACAAGCAAUAAGAAUUCUCAAACACUCAAUCUCAGGUUAGAAAGCAAAAGCCAACCCCUCUCUCCCAGUGCUACUACAUCAGACUCACUGGAUGAGAAAAGAAGAGCUAGCAGUCAUGCCUGCACUCCUCCCUUGCCACUUUUAACUGACAAAAACUCAAACACGUACGUAAAUAGCUGUUUGCAGGCAGACACAUGUCCAGAACAAAACCUGACUACCCAGACAGUGCUUGGUCAGUGUCAAAAUACCUCUCAGUCUGCGAGCUUAAAAAAUGCUAACCUCAAUAGCUAUCAGUUGCGCAAGAGUCAUGCGAAAAGUCAGCGCGAGCGUCACCUUUCUGAGGGUAUCUGUGCUCGAGAUUCCCUUGAGACCUCUGCCUCGGGAAGCAAUAUGCUCCCAAGAGACAGUAUACAUGGGAAGAGAUUUAAAUCUUACUCAGAGCUGUUGUCUUGUGAUGAAAAUCAAAACUGGGCAUCAGACGAUGAAAAAUGCUACAGCACUAGAAAUUUGAUGUAUCCUUCUGUUGAAUUUGGUAUAUUUGGCAAAGAACAACAAUUGGCUUUCCUGGAAAAUAUCAAGAGGUCACUCACAGAAGGACGAUUAUGGAGACCUUGUCUUCUUAAUAACCCUAGUGCUUUCAGAGAUGGAGAGACCUCUUCCAUUAACCGGGCUGAGCUUUUGAGCUCGAGUUCUGCUGGGAGCAAAAUGUCAUCGACUGCUUCAUCCCCCCGAGAGUUGCCUGAUAUCUAUGGGGAAGACCCAGCGGCUUAUUCGGACUCAGACAGUGAUACCACCACUGAUGAUGAAUACUACCUUGAUGAGGCAGAUAAAGAAUCAGAGCUAUGA